GAAGAGGCGGGCUAGUGGAGGCGGGGAGUCAAGAUGGCGGUGCCUUUGAGGAUUCAGAGCGACUGGGCUCAAGCCCUCAGGAAGGAUGAAGGGGAGGCCUGGGUGAGCUGUCAUCCUCCAGGGAAGCCAUCUUUGUAUGGCAGCCUGACUUGUCAAGGACUUGGCCUAGAUGGUGUCCCCGAGGUUACAGCUUCAGAAGGGUUUAUUGUGAAUGAAGUCAACAAGAAAAGCAUUCAUAUUUCCUGUCCGAAGGAAAAUGCAUCUUCUAAGUUUUUGGCACCAUAUACUACUUUUUCCAGAAUUCAUACAAAGAGUAUAACAUGCCUGGACAUUUCCAGUGGAGGCGGCCUUGGUGUGUCUUCUAGUACUGAUGGGAACAUGAAGAUCUGGCAGGCUUCCAAUGGAGAAUCCAGAAGAGUAUUGGAAGGACAUGUGUUUGAUGUGAAUUGUUGCAGGUUUUUCCCAUCAGGCCUUGUGGUUCUGAGUGGGGGAAUGGAUGCCCAGCUCAAGAUCUGGUCAGCAGAAGAUGCUAACUGCGUGGUGACCUUCAAAGGUCACAAAGGAGGUAUCCUAGAUACAGCCAUUGUUGAGCGGGGCAGGAAUGUGGUGUCUGGAUCUCGAGAUGGGACAGCACGACUUUGGGAUUGUGGGCGCUCAGCCUGCUUGGGAGUCCUUGCAGACUGUGGUUCCUCCAUCAAUGGAGUGGCAGUGGGUGCUGCAGACAACUCCAUAAACCUUGGCUCCCCAGAGCAGGUGCCCAGUGAACGGGAGGUUGGAACAGAGGCGAAAAUGCUGCUGUUGGCCCGGGAAGAUAAGAAGCUUCAGUGCUUGGGACUACAGAGCAGGCAGCCGGUUUUCCUCUUUGUUGGCUCAGAUGCCUUCAACUGCUGUACUUUCCUCUCUGGCUUCUCACUAUUGGCUGGGACACAAGAUGGAAACAUUUAUCAGCUGGAUGCAAGGAGUCCAAGGGCUCCAGUACAAGUCAUCCACAGAUCAGGAGCACCAGUUCUGUCCCUGCUGAAUUUCAGAGAUGGAUUCAUUGCUAGCCAAGGUGACGGAAGCUGUUUCAUCGUUCAGCAAGACUUAGACUACGUCAUUGAGCUCACUGGAGUGGACUGUGACCCUGUGUACAAGGUAGCCACAUGGGAGAAACAGAUCUACACAUGCUGUCGAGAUGGUCUUGUGCGACGCUAUCAGCUUUCUGACCUCUGACCCCUUGGAAGGAGAAUUCCCAGUUACUGAAAAGGAUUGAGCCUGGAUCAACAAUGAGCAGAAACUUCACUGGCCCUUCCCCAGGUCCAUUUCCCCGUAGUGCCUGGGUGCCCCUUGGAAGCCCCAGAAAAUCAGCUGUACUGGCCCUCGAGGAACUGUCAUCCCCGGACGCGUGAGUCAGAAGCUCCCAUUUGCUCACUGCCUUUGCCCCCACUUCUCCUUGUGUAAACUCAGCCCAGCUACACAGUACAAAUAUGUGGAUGCUCACAGUUUGUUCUCAUACCAGUUAUAUUAAAAAUGUUUACAAUGAACAGACAACUAAAGCCAUUUCUCUGGAGAAAAUAAAGAAAAUAUGUCUGGAGGAA